ACACACACACACACACACACACACACACACACACACUAUUAUAAAGGGGUUUGUAAGUAUGAAGGGAUUUGUAAAUAAACUGUUAACUAUUAAUUUUGAGUUUAUACUACGAUAGAACCCCGUUAGAAAAUAAUUUCACACGCUACAAAUGUAAAGUAUAAAGGAGUGAUUAUAGAUUUUUGAAUCCCAGUAACUGAUGAAGGGCAGGUAGCCUAGCUGUUAGGAAUGUUGGACCAGUAAGCAAAACGUCGCUGGUUCAAAUCCCCGAGGUGAAAAAUCUCUUCACGUGUCCUUGAGUCGCUCUGGAUAGGAGCAUCUGUUGAAUUACUAAAAUGUUAAAUGUCUAAUAAACAUUUAGUUUCAUUACUGAACUCAGCAGAAUAUCAUAUAUAAUGACUAAUUUGGCUAGAUUGCAUUUACACUGUAAAAAGUUACAGAACAGUUUGAGUUUGAUAAAAAUAUGAUAACAUUGAGUAAUUCUACAACAAUGAACAAUCAUCAUAUUAGGCCCUAUUUACCUCAAAACGAUAGCGAAAAAUGACAAAUGUAAUUAUGUGCUAACUAACCUCUACACUUAGGCAAUUGGGCAGGUUUUGUGAAUCAUUUGCUGAAACCGCUACACAAGCUGCUGAGAAAAACUCCAGACCACAACAGAAACUGAAGACAUACAUAAAUAUCAAAGGAUGCAGCUAGGAUGUGUCAAUCACAGAUUGCUAUCUCUACAAGGUAAGUCUACUCUGUCUCUGUCCAUCUCACUCUAGCUAGUGUUGAGCAGUACAGAUGUUCCAUAGCUGGACCGCCGGUGGUAAACUCCUUUAUCUCUAUAGGGCUGGUUUAGAUACUAAGAAGUCUGUGUUAGUGUGAUGAGAUAAUGAUACUAGCUGCUCUAGUCAAUCUGUAUAGUUGAAGCAUGACAGAUUAUGCAAUAGAAAUGUAAAAGCAAUUUCCAAUUGAGCCAAAAUAUGCAGCUUUUACCGUGAAUGCAGUCUGCUAACGCGGGAACAUUGCCUUUACAUUUCAAUCACACUGAAACUUCAGCGACAUGGAUUAAAUAGAGCCCCGGUUAGAAAGCAAUGAAUAUGGAGCUUGGUAAAUUCUCCAGUUUUCGAUUGAAGGCUGGUGCUAAAUUGUCAUGGAUCUAACAUUUGUAUUGUGGUUGUUAAGUAAUAGAUAUAAGAGAGUUCCACAAGUUACCAACAUAUAUUGGGAAUUGAUUCAGAUAAGGCUGGCUAUAUUUGUUCUGCAUGCCGACUUUCAUUCAUUGACAAAUGUUGACAUGAUUUUGUAAUUUAGCAAUCACUCAUCCUGUCCCUGUCUCUUCCAGAUGUCUGUUUGGUGGCAGGUUCUGUUUCUCCAGUUUUUCCUUACCCUGAGCUGUGUGUACCCAUGUUGUGCAUCCCCUCCAGGCCUACUCAAGUCCUACUCAUACUCCCUCAAAUCCAUCAGAUGCACCCACACUCGGGUACAGCAGCUGCUCAGGAGAUAUAAGGAGGAGCAGUUGGAUAACAAGCAGUUUGAGGACAGAAGUCUGGAGUGGCAGACCCUACCCUCCCUCUCCACAGACUUCUACCACUGGCUUCAGAUGAAGGACUGGGAGCGUCUGAGUGCUGCCUCUCGAGACCUGCACACCUUCUGGGCUCACCUGGACAUGAAGAGAAGGGAGAUAGAGAGGGAGGAGGUUGGACAGGGGGCAGCCCACAGGAUGGGGAGCAGGGGCAAGCCAAAACCCAGCAUACCUGAGGGAAUACAGCACAUUCUGACAGACCUGCGGGAUCUCAUGACAAAAGUCAACUUUCAGUUGAGAUGUGUGAACAGCUCCAAUGUAAGCCCCACCUCUCCCCCUGCCCUGACCCGUGCAGUGAGCACUCCCUCCAGCCACCAGGCCCCAUCAAAGUCCCUGUGGACCAGCCGCCUGGAGGGCUACGUCAUCCUCAGGGACCUGGAGCGCUACCUCACCAAGCUGGCCAGAGACUUCAUCCUCCUGAAGACCAAACACAGAGGUCCUCCAGGUACCUAGCCCAGGGGCAGAUAGACAUGGUAUGCAUGGAUUCAUAUUCAUAAUGCAAACUAGUACUGCACAAGCCUGUGACGGGUUGUGGUUAGAGUGGCUUUUAACUUAUUUUGUGGACUAGGGACAAUGUUGGAUGUGAGAAUUUACAAAUUGUAGUAUUAUGAAUUAUAACACAACAGUAUUUUAUGUAGUCAAUGCACACAGUUUAUUUCAGAAGUAACAAGGCAGCUAAUAACACCAAUAAUAAUGAUAUUAGUAUUAUUCAUUAUGAUGAUAAUAAUCAGCGUUAUUAUAAGUUGAUAAUAAUGAUAUAUUUCAUUCAGUAUUACUAUGACAGAAAUACAGUACUGUGACUCAAUAUUGCCAAGUGAUGUCAAUACCUGCUGUUGUUAUUUCAACUGCAUUAAUGAUAGGGUUCAAUUAAUCAAUAAGGCCUGAGGGGGUGUGGUAUAUGGCCCUAUAUACCAAGGAUAAGGGCUGUUCUUAGGCAUGAUGCAUCCCAGAGUGCCUGGAUACAGCCCUUAGCUGUGGUAUAUUGCCCAUAUACCACAAACCCCAGAGGUGCCUUAUUGCUAUUAUAAACUGGUUACCAACGUAAUUAUAACAGAAAACAAGUAGUUUUGCGUCAUACCCAUGGUAUAUUGUCUGAUAUGCUACGGCUUUUCUGCCAAUCAGCAUCCAGGAGCCAAACUACCUGGUUUAUAAUUUAUAUUAUUCCCUAAGAUCAUGAUUUCUCAUUGUUGUGAGAUGCUCGGUUGACUUUGUUAGACGGAAACCAAGUUUACGCAUAGUGUUACUGUAUGUCUUACUCUACUCUGGGUUUCUCCCGGAGUUUCCUUCUUUUCUUUCUCUCUCUCUCUCUCUCUCUCGCUGACUCUAACAGCUGAGAGCUGGAAGAGUGUUGAGAAACACUACCCAACAUCCCCUUUCUCAACAGUCCUCACUUCACUGUACUUUCCAAAGAUGCCUUUUUGCCUAUUUAUUUACUUAUUUAUUACUUAUUUAUUUGUAAAAUUGUGUUUAUUUUUGUUAUUAUGGAAAUCUAAAUAUAUUUUUUAUUUUUUUUACAUACAAGAGCAAAUAUAUUGUAAAGGACUACAAAAUAAAGAUGAAGCAUAAGAUUGAAAAUGUGUUGUUUCAUUUAAUACGAGUUUUGUUAAUAAACAGUAUUAUGAAUUC